ACGCCGCGCGGUUAAGGUCAAUCCAAUUGGUCCAGGACCCGGUCACUCUUGCUCAAAAAAAAAAACACUCAAUUUCCAUCGGCAUUUCGUCAGAAAAACUUGAUACAGAAUGGCAUUGAAAACGUCCCUGCUUUUCGCCCUAAACAAGAAUGGAGGAUCCCUCCAAAGAGCCAGUUCUUGGUGGUCUAAUGUGCAGAUGGGACCUCCAGAUGCGAUCCUUGGGAUCACCGAAGCUUACAAGAAGGACUCCAAUCCGAACAAGAUCAAUUUGGGUGUCGGAGCUUACAGGGACGACAAUGGAAAACCUUACGUUUUACCCACAGUCCGUAAGGCCGAGGAGAUAAUAAAGUCGAAGAACAUGGACAAAGAGUACGCACCGAUCUCCGGCACGGCGGAAUUCUGCAAGCAAUCAAUCCUUUUGGCUCUUGGCGAGGACUCUCAGCACGUCGCCAACGGUUGCAACGCUACAUCGCAGACCAUCUCCGGAACUGGAUCGUUGAGGAUAGGCGGUGCCUUCCUCAACAACUUCUUUCCCGGAAACAAAGUCGUCUACCUGCCUACACCGACCUGGGGCAACCAUAUUCCGCUCUUCAAGCAUUCCGGUCUCGAUGUCAAACAUUACAAGUUCUACGACCCGAAGACUUGCGGAUUCGACUUCCAAGGCGCCCUCAACGAUAUCAACAACAUUCCAGAGAAGAGCAUCAUACUGUUACAUGCGUGCGCUCACAAUCCUACAGGUGUGGAUCCGAAUCCGGAGCAGUGGGCUGAAAUGUCGCAGUUGAUGAAGAAGAGGAAUCUCUUCCCCUAUUUCGAUAUGGCCUACCAAGGUUUCGCUUCUGGAAACUUCGAUAAGGACGCCAACGCCGUUCGCAUCUUCUUGAAGGACGGACACGAGAUGGCCCUGUCGCAGAGCUUCGCCAAGAACAUGGGAUUGUACGGUGAAAGAGCGGGCACGUUCUCCCUGAUCACCACCGACAAAGAAUCUGCGAGCAAGAUCAUGUCGCAGGUGAAGAUCCUCAUCAGAGCCAUGUACUCGAAUCCACCGAUCAACGGUGCCAGGAUCGCCACGGAGAUCUUAACAGACGCCAACCUUAAAGCUCAAUGGAUGACCGAGGUGAAGGGAAUGGCCGACAGGAUCAUUUCCGUUCGUUUCGCUCUUAAGGAGAAUCUGAAGAAGGAGGGUUCCACCAGAAAUUGGGAGCACAUCACCGAUCAAAUCGGCAUGUUCUGCUACACCGGAAUGACACCGGAACAGGUUGGAAAACUCACGAAGGACUUCAGCAUCUACCUGACCAAGGAUGGUCGCAUCUCCAUGGCCGGAGUAACGUCGAAGAACGUUGAAUACCUUGCUAAAGCUAUGCACACCGUCACCAAGUGAACACCACAAUUCGCAAAUUGAGAAAGUAUUGAAAAAAGAAACUGCGUAUUUUAAUUCUAAGAUGCUUAUUUUUUAUAUACAAUAU